AGAGCAAUCUAUCUAAAGACGCAUUGAAUUUUUAUUAGUAAAAAGGAUGGAGCCCAAAUUCUUGCUAGAAGUCAAGAGCUAACAAAAUGAUCAAGAUGUUCCAACCACCCUUGUCAACUUCAAUUAACAAAAUUCAGUGAAGUGGACGCCAAGGAAACAAAACCCCUCAUAUGAUCAUUUUUCUUAACUUCCUUUAAGUAGAAAGCUAAUCUCACACCACACCAUCCGCUUCCAACGACCUCCAGUUGUAGCUACAGCCCACCGUUUUGAAACUUGUAUUAAAAAGGUCCCUCACUCGUCAACUCCACCAUUAAUAUCCAUCAUUAGUUUGCCUAACCAUGAACGCCGACGAGGGUAAACUGGUGGUCAUGGGCCGGGCAGAGAUCGACACCCGAGCACCUUUCCGGUCAGUCAAAGAAGCAGUUAUGUUGUUCGGCGAAAGAGUUUUGGUCGGAGAAAUAUAUGCCAAUAAGCUCAAAGAGAUUGGAGCUGCAGGGUCGAAUGACACUAAUGGACAUGCUGCUCAGUCGAGGAUCGAGGUCUUAAUGGCCGAGCUCGAAGAAACAAAGAAAAGUCUACAGAAAGUUAGAGAAGAAAACAACUUAAUGGCGUACAGCAUCAAGUCACUAAGAGAAGAUCUUGAACGUUCAAAACAAGAGCUCCACAAUUACUUGAAGGCAAGAGAGUUUGAUGAUCAGAAGCACCGAGUUGAUCCUGAGAUUGAAGAAGAUUUUAAGUUCAUCGCGACCGGAGACACGAAGUUCGAAACCAAAAAAAUGUUGAGCCAAGAGGCUGAGGAAUUUGUGCAGAAGGAAAGACAUGUGAAGUUUGCAAGUCCUCCUUCGUUGGCUCAGGUUAUUGUUAAUAAAGAAGGGUUGCAUGAGGGAUAUGGAAACCCUAGUUCUGUUAGAAAGCCAAAUAAGAAGAAGCCUUUGAUGCCUAUGAUGGUUGGAUGGCUUUUUCGCAAAAGUAAGGCAAUUCAGGAAGGUGGGUCUCCGAGAGCGUAAGGCUCCCACGAGCGAGAAAGUCUUGUGUACAAUUGACGGAUGCAAUCUCUCUCUCAAGGGGAUGAGAUUACGGGUGGAAACGAGUGAAACAAAAACAUAAGAGCUCUGUUUUUGUGAAUGUGGUAGGAAAUAAACAUAUUAAUAAACACUUAUGUAAUAAUCCAACGAUCAAACAUCACAUCAUUUGGUUUACAAGUUUAGUUUAAAUUUUUUGAUAUUUCUAGCAUUACCCCCAAUAUUUUAGGAACCAUAUGAUGUGACGGUUGAUUGUUAAAUUUUUUCUUUAAAUCAUUACAAGUAAAAUUCAACUAUCAAUUGAGUGAAUAAGAAGGAUAGAACUAUUAAGUUUA